AUGGCUGAUCCGCUCUCUCAACUCAGUAUCGAGAGCCAGUUUGGCCGUCUCGCAGACUACCAAUUCCGUCACGAACCUUUGACCGUCCCGGAUACACUCUUCGAUUGGAUCGACCCCGCGGGCUCCGUCUCGAGCGAACACUCCAAGCACACAGCGCGCUCACAUCGCCAGCGAGUCGAAGCGUACGCCGAAACCAUCUUCAACUCUCGUGAGAACAUCGAAACCAUCCGCCAAGGCCCACACGGACUUCGCGAGCACGCAGACAAUCUCGUCUGCAAACUCUUUGGUCCAACCCGCGGCUUGCUGUACAUUUCUUCGGCGAACAGAGAAGCCUCCGUUGAGAAUGUCGAGUUUUCUAGAGAGGAACCUCCGACUGCGCCUCGAGGUCCGAAACUGGAUAAAUCCCGCAGAUUCAAACUUCAGCUCGAUGCUCUCGUCUUGGUCGUCCUGUGCCUCCCUCCUACCAUCAGGUCUUUGAUCUUUGAGGCGGUACCGAACGAUGAUGGCAGACACGACCUCUGGCAAAGCUCGUUGGCAAUCCAAGUAGCGGCGGUGACGAUGAAGAUAUUCGGGGACCGACUCGAAUCUCUCACGGCGCUGAUAUCGGAUCGCACCGACGUGAAGAUGCUCCAGGAGAUCGCCAGCGUGGAGAACUGCCGCAACCUGGGAAUGGUGAAGUCAUUGUGCAUCAGUGCAAGCAGCAGGAGCAAGUCCGUAGCGAGCCGCACGACGCUCAACACUGAGCUCUGCAGAUGGCACGCACUUUCCACCACCGUCACGCACGUCUCACUAUGGGACCUCACUAGCGAACCACAAGCUCUUGCUGAGCUCGUUACUGGUUUCACAAACGCAAAGACCCUGACGCUGAACAGCAUCGCAUUGCGUUCACCUCAUCACAUCCUCCGCCAGAACCGAGACAGAGAGUUCAUGGUCUGGCCCACGUUUCUGAUUGACUUGCGCAGGCAGAUGCCACUGCUGGAGAUCGAGUUGCGACAUGUCCAUGGCUUGGAAGACCUCGGUGGCAGUGCCGUGAAGUGGAUCCUUGACGAGGCAAUUCCGGUCGGGCACGCCGUGGGGUUUGAGAGACAAGAACGACUGAUGGAAGAUUUUGAGAAUUUCCAGUUCCUGUGGCAUGCAGAAGAUAGCGAACGAGGCGAGCUGGCCAGGAAGGAUCGCGGAUACGGCAAGCUUGUGGACAUGGCGAUGUGGAGUCGUGGAAGAGGCAUGGGAGGGUGA